AACAUAAUGUCCUGAGUGUGAUGGGGUGGAGGACUCUAAAAGCUGGCUUUUUAGUGGUAACGGAUGCAGAAGAGAGUGAAAAGGUUCAGUCGGGUAAGUUGGUGGUACAGUGGGUGUCUCUCUUGUACGACUUCAACACUAAGAUGAUGAAGCUGGAGGUCAGAGAAUGCAGGACUCUUCAACUUCCUCAGAUGUCCCUGGUUCUGAAAGCCAAUCUCGUGAAUAUCACCUUCGCUAGUCACGAUCCUAAUUUUUUGGUUUGCGUGGAGAGUAAGCGUGUGGGAAAUCUAACUCUCAGUUUUAGUACAGAUACCUUUCUAUCAGAAGUGUUGGAAUGGCAAACACUUUUUAAGAGUGCAAUUAGUCCAAAUGUGACGUACGCUGUUACGAUGAUACAAGAUAAAACAGAGCUACCUGCUAUACUGUGUGUCAGUGAGAGGAGUGUUGAGUUGUCUGUAGCAGAGCGCACUACUCCGCAUACAAUCAUGGAGAAGAAGGGAUCUAGUGGUAUCUCUAGUGGAGAUACUCUGCUGACUACACAUUCUACUGUUAUCUCUACUAAUGUUGAUUUGAUAAAACUGACGGUUGAAGAUACCCUGAUGUUGACGCUCAACCAGCAGACAGUUAUUCUUCGUACGAACCGCUUGGUAGAGCUCUACCAGCACCUCAUGUCCUACUUUACUGACCGUGACUACGUGAACACCAGGACACACUCUCGGAGCAAGGUUCUUGAAGAGGACGAAGCUAAUCUUCACAUUCCUUAUUCAACCCACUCUACAAGCCCUAGAAAUACCUCUCCUUCUAGCAGGAGGGAGACACCUCAUCCCAUUUCCUCUCCGUCAAUACAACACACACACACAACAACAAUACCAUCUCCUAAUCUGCCCUCAUUUGACUCAGCACCUCUGUCUUUAACCAAACUUCCUAAACUUGCCCCCCUUGCUAAGAUAUUAAGGGGACCUCUUUCUAAACCGGAACCACCGCCUAAACCAAAAAAUGCAAAAGAAAUUCUGUCACAAUUUGAAUUUGGAAGCACAAGUUCUUCUCAUAAUUCUGGUGAACCGAUUUACAAAUCAGUUCGUAAGCCUAAAUCAACCAUUUCUGCAUCUUCCAUAGGUAUCCGUGGUUUAUCCGAAUCCUCUGAGAAACCUGAAGACAUUCCAGCUCUCCCUAGCACACCACCUGAGUAUGCAAAUCACAUUCCAGCUCUCCCCGGUACACCACCUGAGUAUGCAUAUCAUUUGCUAAAAGAAGCAACAUCUCCCCGACUAUCAGGAAUAAGCACUGAUGUUGACUACGUUAAUACCAGGAUUACCAAACACAAGUACAAGUCUGAUUUGAGAUCACCUGUUGCAGAGGAAGAUAUGUAUUCCUACACCCCUGAUGAUAAUGAUAUGUAUUCCUACACCCCUGAAGAUAAUGAUACGUAUGAGAGUCUAUACUCGUUAAGAAGUUACCCCCUCGCUAAGCUGCCCCCACCAACAGAAACCUGGCUCUAUCAGCCCACUUCUACUCUGGAUAUCAACAAACAGCAACGUGUACAGAGCAAAAUGUUGUUUAAUAAGAUUCAGCUGUUUGACAAGAACAUUUUACGUAAGGUCAACUCAAAAACUUAA